AUGGACAUCACUGGUGCUAAACUUCUCACCGGUUCUGUGUUCUUCCUUGUUGCCGUGUGUUUCUCAUUCUUGCCACUAUGUGCCAUCAGAUGGUACUUACGGAGGCGGGGAUGUACUCUAAAACAUCCCGGUGCUGGGCAACCAAUGUUACUUGUUCAGUGCCUGUACUCUCUGGCCUCUGGCGUUCUCAUAGGGACGUGUCUGAUUCACCUGCUCCCAGAGAGUUUGGAAACUUUCCAGAAGGCAAUCAGCUCCAGCCCUCCACAGAAUACCAGCAAGCAUGCUGGAAGGGGCAGGUUCAAUUCUACAGACAAUGAAAGUUCUGCGGAGGAUUUAGACACAGAUAAUUAUCCGGUAGCUGAGCUGCUGGUGGCUUUAGGGUUCAUCGCCGUCUACAUGCUGGACAAUGGACUGAAAUCAUGCUCCAAAGAAAGGGCCACAACUGAUUACAUUGAGAGUGAGAUCGUAGACGAGGAUGUUGUGUUUCUGACACCAGAUGAAUCCAGUUCUGACCAAAACACAGAAGCACGAGACGCUCAUUGCUGCCAGAAUAAGCGAGGCUCUGGGCGCAGACAUGGACAUAUCUUCUCACAGCUGCACCACAUGCUGGCGGCAGUUAGUUUCAAAAUGCCAAGAUCAACAGUGCCUUACACAAAAGUUGGGCAGACGGACGGAGAGGCCGGAGAGGAACGGCUUCCUGCCAUCUUAGAACUAGACAGUACAGACCCCGACUGCGUGAACACCACUUUACCCAAUGGGCCGUUAGAUUCCGUGGCAGAUGUUAGAAUAUCCGAGAGAGAUUCGACCAUGUUUCCCCCAGGCCCACGAACCACCGCAAACAAAGCGCAGGAGUCGACACAGUCGAAGCACCUGAGAUCUGCAGCUCUGGUAGCGGCUCUUUGUGUUCAUGGGUUCUUUGAUGGCAUCGUCGUUGGUCUGCAGACGUCGGUAUCUGUUGUUCUGUCGUUAGCAUUUGCUAUCUCCUUGCACAAAAGCUUCGUGUGUGUAGGACUAUCACUGAGUUUGCUACGUAUGGGCGAGAAGAGCACUUCCCCUCUCAGCACCUGUGUGUCUGUGCUUCUGUUCGCCCUGUCAUCGCCUGUUGGAGUUUUGGUCAGCGGCAGUUUCAUGCAACAAAUGUUUGAGCAGACAGGAAAUGGCGGGACCUCUAUGAUACCAGCAUGUCUCCAAUCGUUUGCUGUGGGGACCUUCAUGUACGUGGCUGUCCUCGAGGUCACAGAGCGACAGCGGUCAAGGACAUUGUGUGUGGAAAUUAUCCAGCAAAUGUUUCUGCUUUUUGGCUUCGGCUUGAUGGCAGAACUUCGAGCUCUAUUGGGCGAUUCAUAG